AUGGCCGCGUCCCCGCAUCUGGGGCGUUUCUCGUGUGUGUGCCUGGGCUGGGGCGGCCCAUCCUGGCGGAGACUCCGGCGGGCAGGCUCCGCCGCGGCCCCAGGCUGGCUCGGGUCUACCUGCGCCAGCGCCGGGCCCCAGCGCCCUCCUCAAGGCCGCGCCGUUCCGGCUCCCCGCCCCGCCCGCGCGCGGCCUCCUCGUUGCAGCCGUCCUCUUGGCUGCCGCGGGCGGCAAAGCCCACGGCAUCUGCCAUUUGUCACUCAGCCCGUCGGUACCGCCCCAAGCCUUGAUUUAGACACGGCCGGGGCGUGCUCUGGACUCACUCGCGCAGCGGGCGCUGGACGGACGGACUGGGCAGCCCAGCUCGCAGCCCAGCAGCAGCGCGGGGCCUUGGCGCGCGGGGCGCUUCCCCGGGUCCGUCAUGGCCGCGGAGGCAGCGCGCUGGAACGGUCUCGCCUGAGCUCCAGGGGUCGUCGCCCGCAGGGUAGGUGGCCCGGUGCUCGCGGCCGCGGCGGGCGGGCAGGGGGCGGCGGUGGCCGAGCAUUGCCGCGCGGCGCUGCGAGGACGGUGCUGGCUCGCGGCCGCGGGGAGGGUGUGCCUUUGCCGCGCUGCCUACGUGCGGGUCCGGGCUGCGCGGGGCCGGAUACGGGACCCCGCAGAUCGUCACCCGCAACCCAGAGCGUCCCACCUCGAGUCCCGCCGCCCCCCGGUACGCCGCCGCCGGAGGGUUCGCGCGUGUCUGGUACGGGGUCCGUAGACCCGGUUCUUACAACCUGGCGCUCUAGCCUCGCCAACGGGCCGGGGAAAAAAAACAGAACAAGGAAAAGAAGCAAAAGUCUGUUGAAAGUAAUAGUGGGACUAGACGGUAACUGUUUGCACUUUCGUCUAUUAUGGAAAAUAUGAUUAUUUUGAUGCUCUAGUAUUAUCGACUGUAAUCAGACAUACUCUUAAAAGUAUUUUAAAAUGUGGGCUCCUAAACAUUUCCUAGAUCGGGACAGCAGAUGAUGCAACUUCGGUUACUCUCCGCGUCCAACUUUCAGGGCGGAGUGGGGGUUUCUACCAUUUACUGAAUGUACUCCUGUAUUUUGAAUAUUUUGUUUUCAUAAAAUGUGUUACUUUCAUGUUUCAGGAAACCAAUAAAAAUAAAAAAAUAGAAACACCCAGCUUAGGUCCUCCUUCUUCCAGGAAUCCUCUAACCCCUCCCUCCCAGGCAGGAUCGGAGGCCCCUCUCGGGUGCUUUCUGGGGCCCCACUGAGGUCCUGGUCCCCACAGUCCUCUCGCGUAGCCUCUCCACGUAUUAACCCAUCGGCCUCGCUGGGCCCAGAGGUUGCUCACUUAGCACAUGGUAAGUGAUUAAUAUUGUUUAAUGACCGAGGGAAAAGAUAAAAUGUUCUCUGAUGUUUCACCCUUUUCGCUCUGAAGUUGAAUAGUGGUAAAUUUAUAUAUGCUUAGAUAAGAACAUUUAACAGUUAAGGAUCUGGAAAAGUUGGCGACGUCCGAUAUCCGUGUUUCCUGAUCCAGCAGUCGCAAGUCUGGGUGUUCAUCGUUUAGAACAAUGUUUUUCAGAACUUGAAGUUCAUUUUAAUGGGUCGUAAAGUCAUUUAAGUGGAUGAUCAGAAUUUGUAAAACACAGACGGAGAAUCGAACAUCAGGGUCUCUCAGGUCAUGGGGUGUUUUCUUUAUGAAUCUCUCCCCCUCUCCUCAGUUUCAUACAUACACAAAUGUGUGUCAUGAUGUAAAACGUCAUUCUUUAGUAUGAGUCAUGGUCAAAAAAGUUUGAAAGCCACUGCCCUAGAUACAUUUUCAUACAUGCCCACAAACAGACAUAUACAAGAAGGUUGACUGUAAAACCAGAAAAGUGGAAGCCGCCAUCAUGCCCACCUGAAGGAGAAAGAGACGUGAUACACCAGUCAUAAAAAGGGCACACUGUACAGUGGCCAACGAAGUAUUUUUGUGUUUAAACACAAAUGCCUUUCAGUGUUGAACCAAAAAAAAAAAAAAAAGUUGCUGAAGAAUGCGAUGUGAUAUCAUCUAUGUAAAAUUCAGAACAUGGUGGAGCAAAGCUCUUGUUUAGGAAUGCACAUACAGGCAUUAAAAGUAGUAAAGAAAAAAGCUCAAGCUAAUGGUCAUCUGGCAGCGAUGAGAAGGUCAACGGCUCGGAGAUGCUAGAAAUGCUUUAUCGCUUGACCUGGGCAAUGGUUACAUGGGUGUUUACUUUGUAACUCUUUGUUAAAUGAUACACACUAGGUUAGAAUGUCAUAUUUCCCCCCAAAUAUUAAAAUAUGGGUGUCACAAAAUGAAGAAGCCUGAGGCUAGAGCUCUACGUCCGUUAUUCAUAUUUCCUGGCUUCUUUUUAUAAAAGAAAAAAAAAAAUCUUGCUCAGGGAGGCGUACCUAGGGAACUUGUCGGUAAUGUUUUAUUUCAUAAAUUCCAUGGUGGACAUAACAGAAUUUGUUAAAUUAUUCUUUAUAUAUUCUUAUAACUUAAUUUAUUAUGUUUCAAAAAGUAUUUAGAAGAAAAUAUCAUUUGGUGUGUUUGAAUUCCCAAAAGUCACAUUUACAUAUUUUGUACACAACCAGAAUAAUUUAUAUAGUAAUUUAAGCUAAAAUCAAAUUCUGUUGCAAAAAGUGAAACACUAAAAAGUAUAUUAAAAAAUCAUAGAACUUUACAGACUUUCAGGGUUUUCAAAUGCUAACAUGCUGUAUUUGCCUCAAUAAUUUUUGUUCCUCCAUUCUUCUAGGCCACGUUUCUAGUGCUCAGUAGCCACAUACGACUUUUAUAUUUUACCAUGUUAUAUAUUUUACAUUAUACCAUAUCAUACAACAGAAUGUUUCCAUCACUGCAGAAAUUUCUAUUGGAAAUCAUUCUGAAUGUAAAUAUUUGUUGGUUAUGUACUUGCAGAUAGUAAACUGUGGACAUUAAUCUUUGUGCUUUUUGUUUUAAGAUAUACCUCUACUAUUAAUGAAAUAUAUUCUGAAUAUUUUUCUACAAUUUUUUGUUUUGUCCACAUUUCAUUCUUUAAGUUACCUGAGAUACGUACAUGUUUAGAUGUAUAUAUUUUGUUUAUGUUGUGAAAUCGAGCUCAAUUCAUUUUCAGAUUCCCAUGUGAAAAGCUAAUUGUCUCAAUAGCAGUGAUUAGCAGUGCCACUUCUGUCACAUACAGUACCCAGAUAUGCUUGGGCUUAUUUCCAGGCUCUUUAUCCUGGUUUAUUCCUCAUCUGAAAAUACUGCAGAUCUUCAUUUACUGUUGCUUUGUAUGUAAUACAUUGUUCAGUUCUAAGAAUUCAAAAUGUUUUCAUUGUGAUAUUUUUUUCCUUCCCCUAAGAGAUUUGUAGAAAGUAGUCUAGUUCCAACGUGGAGGGUUUUGUGAGUUAUCCUUUUGUUACUGAUUUCUCAUUUGCACUGUAGUCAGCAUACAUGUCAAUGCUACCAAUUCUGUGAAAUUCUAGAAUUGCUUUACGGUUUUAACUGUUCCUUGUAUCAUCAAGAAUAAUUUGUACUCAGAGACUUUCGGGGCAAGGUAUAUAGGUGUGUGUAUAUGUGUAAUAUAUAUACAUACAUACACUUUAUAUAUAGAUUAUAUGUAUAAUCUCGCUGUAGAGUUUAUGUAGAAAUUAAAUAUAUUCAUAUAAAUUUAUAUAUAUAAAUAAAAUAUCCUCUCU